AUGUCUGAAGACCAAUGCUCUUAUUGCAAUGGGUCAGAAGCACAUGAGCUUUGGGUGCAAUGCGGCAAGUGCCCUCAAUGGGUACAUGUGCGAUGUAUUCCCAUUCAGUUCACUACAAGCGAAGAUUAUCCUAUAAAAUCCUCCGAAGUAGUACAAUUCAUUUGCACUAAGCAUGGUGGCGAUCCUAUACUGACUGUAAAGUCUAAGAAACGGCGUAAGAUGCCACUAGUUAACGAGGGGAAGAAACCGCAGCGGUAUAGUUUAAGAGCGAAGGGCCAGAUUGAUUACAUUACACUAAAUGAGGGCCAAGACGUGCGAUUAAGGUCGAAACACCCGCAUAUUGACCCGUUUCUGAGGUGCUUUGAGAAAUGGAGGAGUGUUGAUGAAACAAUAAGUAGCGAACAGCUCCUAAAGCUAUUCCCUUCUGUUACAACCCCUUUGAAGGUCAAUGAUCCUGCUCAUUCUGGGAUGAAGGUGCCACCCCUAGAUGUUGCGAUUUUGACCAAGAUUGUCGGCGAAGAUCAUGUGGUAGAUGUUAUGGAUGUGCAAAGCCAACAGAACGAGCGUUGGACCAUGAAACAGUGGAACGACUACUAUACGAAUACACCAGCAAAAGAUAGAGAUAGAAUCAGGAAUGUGAUUUCUUUUGAAGUAAGUGGAAUUCCUGAACUAGGUAAGGGUAUUCAAAGGCCGACUGUAGUAGAUGUGAACGAUCUGGCAGACCUGGUGUGGCCUGAGACAUAUGACGAGAACGUCGGUGACCCGCCCAAAGUCAAGAAAUACAUCUUAAUGUCAGUUGCAAAUGCCUAUACUGACUUUCACCUUGACUUUUCGGGCACUAGUGUCUACUAUAACAUACUGAAGGGGUCCAAGAAGUUUAUAUUGUUCCCUCCGACGGACAGCAAUUUGGCAGAAUAUAAGCGCUGGUGUGAUGAUGAUAACCAAUCGCUAAUAUUCCUUGGAGAUAGACUUGAUAAAGGAGUGGCAUACGAACUCACUGCUGGCGAUUUAUUCAUGAUACCGGCAGGAUAUAUCCAUGCUGUAUAUACUCCAGAGGAUUCUUUCAUAGUCGGCGGUAACUAUCUAAGCCUGCGCGAUUUAACCACGCACAUUAAGAUAGUAAAGAUAGAGCAGGAAACUCAUGUCCCCAAGAAAUUCACAUUUCCCAAGUUUGAAAUAGUAAUGGGUAGGACCUGUGAAUGGCUUCUAAAGGACGAGUCAAGGGUUGAAAAGACGGGAAUAGACCAUGUUCAGUCGUUAAUCCGAUAUCUUCGCGACCCAAAGGUCAAAUAUAAGCCGACAGACUACAAAACAAAAUGGACUAUGAUAAAAAAACUAAAUGAUAUAGUGGACAAUAAGGCGACUGCAGCCACCAAGAAGAGCAAUUGA